ACACAGCAAAUUCCCUAGUGUUAAAAAGGCAUUGUCAAAAUAUAUGGACUCUUUCAGAGUUAUUACAACAACAUUGAGAGUAACUUCAACACACCUAGAGUAAGAUAUCACCCAGUGUAAGUGUACAAUUUCAGAGUUAAAUGUACAGUGUAAAAUUUACAGUGUUAAGGCACAUGGACUCUUUCAGAGUUAUUUCAACAAAAGCAAGAGUACUAGUGACUGAAGGCAGGUGUUCCUGAGAAAUAACUCUGAAGCUCUGGAAAGCCCCGCCCCCAUUGCAUCUUCCUAACUCAGGAACACGUCCACUUUGCUCACAUUGCCGUGUUCCCAUGGUCGUCAUCAGUCUCGGUAAGUUACUUACUUUAUUAGUUAUUAAACCAAUUGUUUUGGCAUUGCAGUCACAGCAACAUUUAACAAUAAUGUGUUAUAGCUGCUUAACACAGACUUGAGCUGUUUGUAUCUUUUCAAAUACCAAAGGGCUAACGGCCAAGGUCAAAGCUAGCAUGAACAUGCACAUUUAAGUUAGCUUCAACAUUGCCGACAGAGUUGGACAAUAGUCCGUUAAUUAGCGCAAAUUAAUGUUAAUGGCCUGUCGUCCAACUCUCGGCAAUGUUGGUCAAUUUGAAAAACUGUUAGUGUUUUAUUCUUUUUACUCAAAGUUUUCAGUCUGAGUAUAUUACAUAGGGAAUACUGGUGCGGGGAGUUGGCUGAACAAGCUUACUGUAGGCCAGGAGUGCCCAACCAGUCGAUCGCGGUCUACCAGUAGACCGCCGACAGAUCCCAAGUCGACCGCGAGGGUUGAAGAAAAAAAAAAUAAAAUAAUAAUAAUAAAAUAAAUUAAUAAAAAAAAAUAAAGUAUUUGCGCGGGACAUAUACGCGCGGUAGCGCAUGCGCCGUCAACAGAGCAAUAAAAAAAAAUUAGAAAAAAAAAGAAGGUAUUUGCGCGGGACAUACGCGCGGUAGCGCAUGCGCUGUCAACAGUAGUUGAAAGCCGUCAACAGUACUAUUUACGCACUCCUAAACGUUGACAUGGCUGAGGGGAAACGAGCUAAGACCUACCAUUUUCACCCAGAGUGGGAGGAAGAUUAUUUUUUUGUUUAUUCUCAUUCAAAGCCUGUUAGUUUGAUCUGCAAUGCAACGGUGGCGUUGGCAAAGAAAGGGAAUCUGGAGCGGCAUUUUAAAACUGUACACGGGAAAAAGUGUUGUGAGGUUAGUUACUGCAGGCUGGGAACGAUGCGUGUGGGUUUGCAAUGUUGACACUAGACUGGUCGAUUUCGGGAGGUUGGCUACUUGAAAAGUAGAUCUUGAGUCAAAAAAGGUUGGGCACCCCUGCUGUAGGCACAUUCAGUGCGUUUACAUGACACUCAAGAAAGUGAAAUUAUUGGCUUAGUCCGAGGCUUUUAGACGUUUCCCACCAAGCGUGGUUAUUUGACCGGGAAAAAAUGUAUUUAUAUUUUUUGUAUUUUUUUUAAGGGCUUUUAGCCGUUUCUACUGAUCAAGUUGCAUCCAGAUAUUUUUUCACCUUCAUGAAUGUUCCACAACGGUGUGCAUAUGUAGAAUCCAUUAAAUCUGAUGGAUUCUGAAUUGAUUUCAUGCAAAAAUGAAUUUGCAUGCAAUUAUUCUGAGGAAUAACUGCUUGAUGUUAAAGGGCUUUAAGUUAAUCAAUAACAUAUCCCCAGCUUCUAUAUGCUACUGUCAAAGUGCUGUGCUGUAGAUGAUAAAAUUGUCUCAUCUCUGAUUUUACAGUUGCCAUCAUGUUGAUAAAAACUAAAAUAAAUAUGGAACAAAAAUAUGUCAGGAUAACUGAGCCAAACUUGGAAGAAUUCUUGGAUGCUGCUUUCAUAAAGUUCUCCAUCCCACCACUCACUGAAGGCGUCACAGUGUAUGAUGAGACGGGAACGGAGGUGGACGCAGACGUCUUUGAAGACGUUGCACAGCAGCCAAAUGCUGGUGUAUUUACAAUCAGAUUCAAACACACAUUGGAGGGAGCAACAGGCAGUUCACUGCCUGAUGCAGCACUGGAACUUUCUAACUACAACCCUGAAGAUUCAGUCAUCCUAGAACUUUUAUCUUGCACUUCUGAUGACACCAUCAUCCUGGAGGAGGAUUCAAGUCCAUCUGCAAAAUGGCAGAAACAAGACCGAGAUGCCAAACACUUAGUUGAAUCAGCCCUGGCUAAGAAACCAGGUGGAGACCGCAUUGUGAAAGAAUACAACAGGACAAAAGGUCUAACUGACUCUUCACGGCGACAGAUGGUGAACAUCCUUGCUGCCGAAAUGACUGAAACUCAUGGGAUGGCACCGCCACGGCAUGUCAGAGAGAUGUAUGCCAAAGGCAUAGUUUCCAUGUUCCCGUACCUGAUGGAUCCAUAUUCCAAAAAUGGAUAUGCAAGUAUUUUUAUGCAUUCAAACAAAUAUACAGAAACUACAAUGCAAUAAGCAAUUAGAUAUUGACUGUGGUGGGUGUACACAAGUACAGUUUUCUACUUAGUAAGUAUUGUAUGUCUUAAUUUAAAGGAACAUUUCUAUGAUGGUGAAAGUGGCACUGGUUAUUUAGCAUGGAGGCUCAAAACAAUCCAGAGGAGCAAUGCUACAUCAGCGACCAGAACUUCUCCUCGUCAGACUGGUGGAGGGCCGAAAGCUAAGAGAGAUGCAUUAAGAAGUCCUGAGAUGACCCUGACUGAAGAGCAAUCCAAGGAGGCCAUGUCAUUCAUGAAGUAUUCUUCUGAUGAGGCCACUAUCAAGCAAAAGAUGAAGAUUUCAUUUGAAUAUCGUCGUCAGAUCGUCCUCGAUAAAGAGAAAUCCUCAGACGUCCUGACUGAAUUUCCACGGUUCCGAGACGUCAAAGGCCUGGUAAAUGAGUGUUUAAGCAUACAACACUACAAAUAACCUGAACUGUCACUUUUAUGUUUCUUAACUCUUGCUAUGUCAUUUAUCUAAUGCAGGUUGAGCAAGACUUCAUCUUGCAGUUUGGAGAAGAUGUGGCUGCAAAGUUUUUGGAAAGGUUGGUUCAAACUCUAUAUUAUUAUUAUUUUUUUUAUAAAUGAUCAUUACAUAUGAAAAGGAAAUCCAGUUUGUUGAAUU